AGAGUCUCGUGUGUAUAUGUAUAUAGCAUAGGAGAGCGGGAGGAAGGCGAGCGCGCACAGGGCCACUCGAUCGAGAAGAGAGAACGAGAUGGAGAGAGAACGGCGGAGAGGAGCGUGUGUGUACGUAGCAUCGGAAGAGUGUACCACCAGACCGCUAGUGUUGUGACGGCGAUCGUGCCCACGACUUCUCCGCCGGACCCGGCAUCCGUGUUCCGUCAUUUCUGUUUCCUUCUCUUUCUCUCUCUCUAUUCUGCUUCCCCCUCCUCGCUCUAUCUUCCUGUCUCUCUCGCCUCCUUUCCGUCUUCGUACCUGUCUCCCUCCGCGACUAUUAUCCUUCUUCCUCACUCCACCCACCCCCCAAACAUCUCGUUCCCUUUUCGUCCUUUCCCGCUUGCCGCGUGUCUCGCUUCUCUCUCUUCUCUCUCUUCUUCUUUUCUUUCUCUUCUCUCUCUCUCUCUCUAACCGUCUAUCCCAUUUCCCUACAACGUUUUCUCUCCUCCACGGUCCUUUUCCUCCGCUUCUAAGGUUCUCCGGUGAUCUCUUCUCCCCCCCACCGUGGUCGCAGCAGGCGGUGGUCCCUCGCACUCCCCCUACUCGCGGUAUCGGGCCCUCCCCCACGAGAGCGGUUCUGGAGGCGCGCGUUUUCGUGAUCCACAUAGCCACUUCCGGCGAAAAGUGAACCGUUGGGUGAUGAACCGGCGGAGCUGAUGAACCGCCGCCACGCGAACGUCGCUCGUCGUGAAAGAGGAGGUGGGCCCGCGGGGGAGGCAGGGAGAGAGAGAGACUGUGCGGCGGUACAGUGUCGAGAGAUAUCCAGUGUGUUGCAUCCUCGUCGCGAUUCGUUUGUGCGGAGCAACGUGCGCGCAGGUGUUUCGGAAUAGUGUUCCAUCGCCGCUGUUACCACGUGUCCACUACGCGAUUCGCCGCCACUGGUGAAAGAAGUGGCAGAGAGUGAAAGCUCACAUUGGCCUGACCGCAACCAUGCGUUAUCCACUGAUGCUUCAAGCGUUCAUCGUCGUUGUGCAUAUAGUGCCAGAGGCUCGUCUCCAUCGGCCAAGGGGCGUGUACACCGGCGAGAGCCACGUUCACGGCCACGAGAUAACGAUACCCCGAAAAGUGAGCAACCGAGGCGAGCUUGUCUCGCACAACGUGACCCAUCACCAUCACGAGGACGGGCCAGUGGUUCACUAUCGAUUAUCGGUGGCCGGUAACGAGUACCACAUCGAGCUGGCCGCCGUGGACAAGUUCAUCGGGCCUGGGAUGGUCGUCGAAAGACGGAAACGUAACGUGCACGUGCGCGCCAGGCCAAAAAAUACGUCGAGCAAGUGCCAUUAUCGGGGUUUCAUUCGGGGACAUCCGAAUUCCCGGGUCGCCUUGUCUGCCUGCGACGGUUUGGCGGGCAUGCUGCGCGGCGAUCACGGCGAGUUCUGGUUGGAACCAGUCGCCCUGUCCCCGGAAGAAGAACGAGUCCGGUUGGAGGAAGAAAGGCUGGAAGACGCCGGCGCCGAGGGCCGUGGUGCCGCGGGCCUCUACCGGAACUCGGUGCCGGGCAGGCCCCAUCUCGUGUUCCGUAGGUCCGUGGAGCAGCCGCAGCUCGAAAUCGGCGCUGCAGGCCGCGCCAGACGGCGGCGGAAAAAGAAGAAAAAACUCGAGAGAAACUGUGGCACUCGCGAACCGAGACGUCUCACGGAAACGCGGCUCGAGUGGCAAACGCAGCCUGGGCUGGUGCAGGUUCAAGGACGCGGGCGAAGGAAGCAGCAUCAGGCGAAGCGGUGGCAACGUUCCAAGAGAUCGAUCAGCAGGCCCCGUCACGUCGAGGCCCUAGUUGUCGCCGACACGACGAUGAUGGCUUUCCAUCAGGACGGGGAUGUCGAGACGUAUCUACUCACCAUCAUGAACAUGGUUUCGUCCCUUUACCUGGAUCCCACCAUAGGGAAUUUCAUUAACGUCGUCGUGGUCAGGAUCAUCCUCGUCGAGGAGGACGACGCGGAAGUACGUGCGAAUCACACCAAUGAUGAUCAAGGGCUCGACAUCACGGUGAACGCGGACAGGACGCUGUACAAUUUCUGCAAGUGGCAACAGAAAUUGAACCCGGCCGACGACUCCCAUCCGAAUCACCACGAUGUAGCGAUUCUGGUGACGAGGGAGGACAUAUGCUCGAGGGCGAACACGCCGUGCAGCACUCUGGGAGUGGCCCACGUAGCCGGCAUGUGCCAACCGGACCGUAGCUGCAGCGUCAACGAGGACAAUGGGAUCACGCUCGCGCACACCAUCACCCACGAAUUGGGGCACAACUUCGGCAUGUACCACGACACGGAAAAGAUCGGAUGCAGCAAGAGGGACGGCGACACCUUGCACGUGAUGACGCCCACUUUCGAGGUGGACACCAUUGGCGUCGCAUGGUCCAGAUGCUCGAGAAGGGACAUUACCAAUUUCUUAGAUCAAGGAAAGGGCGAGUGUUUGGAGGAUGAGCCGGCGGAUAACGAUUACUCGUAUCCAGAUUUACCACCUGGAGCUAUGUAUAACGCGGAACACCAGUGCAGGCUUCAGUUCGGUGUCAGGGAGGCUUCGGUUUGCUCUCCCUUGCAGGAGAUCUGUUCCAAAUUAUGGUGUAUCGUCGACGGCACUUGCACCACGAUGCUUCAUCCGGCCGCCCCUGGGACGCACUGCGGAAAACACAUGUGGUGUCAAAACCAAGAAUGCGUGCCGAUCGUGGACAGGCCACGUCAGAUCGACGGAGGAUGGGGCGAGUGGGGCUCUUGGAGCGAGUGUUCGAGGAGCUGCGGGGCAGGAGUCUCGAUCGUGGAGCGUAAAUGCGACCAUCCGGAGCCGGCGCACAGCGGGAAGUUUUGUAUCGGCGAGAGACGCCGUUACAAAAUCUGCAAUACCGAGCCAUGUCCGGAGGGCACGCCCAGCUUCAGAGCGGUCCAGUGCAGUCAUUAUGACGACAAAGAGUACAAAGGAAAAAAUUAUACGUGGCUGCCGUAUUUCGAUCAGACGGAGCCAUGCGAACUGUACUGCACGGACACGGAGGAAAGCGUGAUUGUCCCGUGGGGCGAAGCUGCUCUCGAUGGUACACCGUGCAACGUUGGAACCAGAGAUAUGUGCAUCGCAGGCAUCUGUCGAAAAGUUGGCUGCGAUUGGACGGUCGACUCGGACGCUACGGAAGAUCGCUGCGGAAUCUGUCAUGGCGACGGGACCCAAUGCGAGACCACGGGCGGUGUUUAUGACAAAAACGACGGGCCGGGAUACAAGGAGGUAAUCAUUGUUCCCAAUGGGUCGAGAAACAUCAAAAUCGAAGAGAUUGGGAACAGCAAAAAUUACAUUGGCAUUGGAGUGCCCAACUCUGACAAGUACUUCCUCAAUGGUAAACGGCAGAUCACUUUAGCAGGAGAAUACGAAGUUGCUGGAACUCCGGCUCUGUACGAGCGAGAUCGGGACAGAGAAAAGAUCAGAAUUCCUGGCCCCAUCAAAGAGGACAUUGCAAUCUACUUGAUUUCAAGAGGACAUUAUCGGAAUUUCGGGCUGCGUUACGAGUACACAGUGCCGAAGAAAGAGCCCGACCGGGCACCGGAAUAUUCAUGGGUAUUUUCCGAUUGGUCAUUGUGCACUGCCACUUGUGGUGGCGGCACGCAAACGUCGAAACCGUUCUGCAACGAAAAGAAAAGUGGGGUCGUCGAGGAGCAGUUUUGCGAGAGCAUCGAGAAGCCGGAGACAAAAUUGCGGGAGUGCAAUCUGAAUCCAUGUCCGGCCAGAUGGUGGUUUGGCCCAUGGCAAAUGUGUCCAGUGACGUGCGGGGAAGGUGCCCUUCGAAAACGAUCGGUAAUGUGCGUCUCUUCGGGAGUGGGCCCCGACAGAUCUGAUCUAGCCCUGCCCGAUGGGGAUUGUAACCGUGACGUGAGACCCGAAGAAGUCAGCCCAUGUCCCAAUUUGCCUCCUUGCAGUUCGACCGAACCUCCAUUAAUCGUUUACGCGGACAACAAGGACGCCUCUUUCUACAAUGUGAGCUCGAACGAUCAGAACGGUAUCACGAUCGUUGAUGGCCUCACCACCGAGGAGCCCGAGAUACUUGAAUUCGACAAUGUAGUCGACGAAAAUCCAGGAAAUUCCAUGUACGAUACCAAGUCGAAGUGGAUCUCCUCGAAAUGGAGUCACUGUACGAAUGGAAAGAGAACUAGAAAGGUGACCUGUUCGGAGCAAGGAGAGUGCAAUCCAGAAAAUAAACCAAUCGCGAUUGAAUUUUGUCAAGGUGCACGGUGGAUCACCGGAAGAUGGGGAUUCUGCAACGCGAGUUGUCUGGCGAGAGUUGGCGUUAAACGCAGAGAAGUGGAGUGUCGUGAUCGUAUAACGGAGUUACUGUCCGACGAUUGCAAUCCUGAGAGAAGGCCAAUCGAUACGAGACGUUGUUAUCACAGGCGGCAGUGCGCGAACGAUAAAUCCGAGUGCAAGGAUACUGUAGUGCCAACCUCGAUGUGCGCGUCGUAUAAACGCAUGUGCGAUAUGUCAUUGAUCGUACAAGAUAAAUGUUGCGCUACGUGUUUCAAGAAGCGAAGACACGGUCGUCAUAACAAGAGACACAUUUUUGAUAAUUGAAUAAUCAAAAACGUAAUCUUACAAUUUUUAAAUUCUGCAUUUUUUGUCGCUAAAACAGGAUCCGUCCUAAGUCUUUGCUUUAAGACUAAGCUUGUUGAAAAACUAUGCAAAUAUAUCUCUAAUAUAGUUGAUUUAAACAAAAAGAUUCAAUAUAUUAUAAAUCUAAAUAGCUGAAUUUUAUACGUGACUUAAAUAACAAUGAAAAAAAAAUAUGUAAUGAGAAUUAAAAGUGCACUUAAUAUUUUAAUAUAUAUAAAUGAUAUUGCGAUA